AUAUAUAUAUAUAAAAUUGUAUUAAAUUUUCAAAAAUGUAAUUUAAAAUACUACUAACUGAAAAAUAAUAGGAACACAGAUACUGAAAUAUAUAUAUAUAUAAACUCCAAAUACCCUGUUUCCCCUAAAAUAAGACAUCCCUAGAAAAUAAGACCUAGUAGAGGUUUUGCUGAAUUGCUAAAUAUAAGGCCUCCCCCGAAAGUAAGACCUAGCACAGUUUUUGUUUGGAAGCAUGCCCGGCGCCCACCAAACAAAACACCAUAGCAUGCAGGAUUGGUAAAUGUACAUACCAGUUGUAUAUGGAAAUAAUGCUAGUAACAAGAAAUCCUUGACAGAAGUCACAGUUUGUAUGGUUUAGUUAUGUUGGUUUGUGAUGACAACUACUGUACAGUAUAGAAUAAAUGUUCAUUUUUUUUGUUCAACAAUAAAUGUGAAUUCUUCUUCAUGGAAAAAUAAGACAUCCCCUGAAAAUAAGACCUAGCGCAUCUUUGGGAGUAAAAAAUAAUAUAAGACACUGUCUUAUUUUCGGGGAAACACGGUACAAAAAUCACCCUGUAAUAUUCCAGGACCUGCCGCGGACCAGGACUGCCAUCUGUUGAGGAGUUAUGAAGGUGGAGGCAUUACUUUUCAUUCAACCCUCGUAGGUUGGUGGGUGUACUGGGGAUGGGGAGCGAUGAAUCUGUCCGGGUUUUAGUCUAAGCUCUAAAGGAUUUGAGCCCAGAAUGGGAUUAGCAGCACCUUGGAUGGCUUUUAAAGUUCCAUAUCUACAUUCCGAAAUGGAUUGAUUGUGCCUCUGGGCCAACAACAAGACAAUGGUUUGAACCCACUAUUCCCAGUGUUCUGAUUCCAGUGCAACAAUGACCGCUGAGUCCUGUUCCAGAACAGUCACUGGACUCUGAGCCUGAUGGAAAUGGGGCUCUUCAAAGAAGGCAAUUGGGGUGAAGGUGAAAUGAAGCACCUGGUAAGAGGGAAGCUGGACCAUCUCAAGAUGGGCAGGUCCAUCUCACACUGAGAGGGUUUCAAGAGUAUGGCUACUCUCCCAGUCUUCUUGCUGACCAUUGCCUUGGGUGCUGAGAGUGUGCUUUCCUUGGAAUGCUUCUCCUGCAACGUCAGCAAGUACAUCGGUUGCACCGUGGUUGUAAAUUGCACAACAACGGAAGCGUAUUGCAUGAUGCGCACAGCUACAACCACGGACGGUUUCAUCAUCGAGCAAGGAUGCGUGGAGGUCUGCCCCGUUGCCGUAACCACUUGGCCAGUGCUCUACACUUACAUUUGCUGUCAGGAAAACUACUGCAACAGUGCUGCCAGCACAAGAAAGUCCAUCUCUCUCUUCACCAUAGUCAUUUUCACCAAAGCAUAUGCUGUCCUGGAGCUCUAGCCAAAGAGGAACAAAGAGCUCAAGCUUCUACCAAAGCAGUAAACGAUGAGGUUUUCUCUGUGCCGGCUUUCUCUUCCUCUGUGGUCCCCAGGACAAGCUUGUCUCCUACCAUUUUUCAUUUCUGGGUUGUCUAAUGAUUUUUCCUCCAUGGUUGGAAUGUAUUAUAGAUGGGCACCCAAGAUGAAUGGCCACUGACUUUGCCUUCAUUUUAUGACUGUUUGUAGCCAUGGCUGUCUCAAGUGGCUUGCAUGGGUUAAGCCAAUGGAUUCUGCAAUGGGAAAUUGUUCACCAACGAACCAUAGUUUAUAGAGCAUCUAGGGCAGAGACCCCAUGGUACCAAAGAAGGCAACAAUUGAAUGGAAACUCUACAGAGUGGGUUGUCCUUGGGUUGACCGAAGCCACCAAUAUGUCCCCAAUUGUCGGUCAGCUACAUUUGUAGUCUCUGCAGUGUUCUCUCCCACUUCUGCUCCAAAUAUAUGAAAUGCCUUCUGCUUUGGGUCUGAUCUUCCCAGAAGGCCUACUUUAGGAAGAAUGACUUCUCAAGGCAAUCCUUUGACCUGGGUGUGUGCAGAUCUGAAGAACAAAUGACGAGGGUCAUUUAAACAGAUAGCCAACCAAGACCUUUGCAAAUAAAUAUUCAUUAUUUUUUAUUAAACAAGGUAAUAAUAUGAAUGAAAAUGUGUAAUCAAUAUGUAUAUAUGCUAUAAUAAAUCUACCAAAAAGACGGUU